AUGGUCUAUCAAAGUUAUCGUUCAAGUGCCAAAUUUGUAGCAAGAACGGCUGCCACUCGCAAGUGGGAAGCAAGCUGCUCCGUGCAAGCUUGCCACUUCUCCGGAGGUCACAAAGCCGAGAAUGUAUUAGGUGGAAAAGACCUUAGUAAGCGAUAUAUUGGUUGCCUGAUCGUGCGUGUUACGCAACACCUUUAA